AACAAUAUUCAUUACUUAUUUUAGGUUUGAAUAUUUGAGACGAUGGGAGGUACAGCAGAAAACAUUGGUGACACGCAGGAUAAAGUUAAAGAUGAUACCCGUCGUGUAGACCAGGAGACUGGCUUUUGGGAAGGUCAGUGGGCCAAAUUCCAAAAUGCCAAUCUAUCUGUAUACGACGAAAGUGAACAGGAGGAUAGCGAUCUAGAUGAAAAUGAGAAAAUAAGGCCAUGCGAAGCUGGUGAUAGAAUUAUUGUAAAAAUGAAGGGAUUACCAGCAUGGCCAGCGAAAAUUAAGUCAAAAAAUGGUGACAAAUUUAUUAUCGAGUAUUAUGGGACAUACAAGAGGAAAGAAGUUUUGGCUGAACACAUAUUCUACCCCUAUAAAGAACACAAACAUUUGAUGGUACGAAGACCCAAAAUAAAAAUUUACAAGCGAGCUAUUCAGGAGAUCGAGGCCGAAAUAAAGGCAUAUGAAGAAUACCUUAAAAGAGUUAAGGAAGAAAACAUGAAGCUUGAGAAGACGUUUAAUGCCGGCGAUAAAGUAUUUGCAAAAAUAAAGGGGUAUCCGCCAUGGCCUGCACAUGUACAAGCAAAGGAAGGAAAAAAGUACAAAGUCAAAUUUUUUGGCACUGGAGAAAUUGGUUCCAUUAAGCCAGAGGAUUUAUUCUAUUUCAAUAAACAUAAGGCCACAAUGAAGAAGACUCUCAAGAGGAAGGAGUACAAUGAUGCCUUCAUGGAGAUUGAAGAGGCUAUCCUUAAGGCUGGUGGUGAUGGGUCUGAAGCUGUUGAAGGAAAUACAGAUUCGACAAAGGAACCUGAAACUGAGGAAAAGCCUAGUGAGAUCCCCAAAAAAAAUAAGAGGAAGAGGGUAGACUCAGAUUCUAAUCCAGUCCCUGCUAAGGUGCCACACAUAUCCGCUGACACAUCUGUCGCUGCAGUAAAUGAUGAUAAUGCUGCAGUAGAAAAUGAUAAGCAACACUUAAAGGGUGAUAUUGACAAGGAAGAAGAAAAUCCUGUCGAGAACACCAAUGCUGAAAACAAAGAAGCAGAGACAAAUCAGCAGCAUGAACAAACUGAACAAGAAAAGACAGAAUUGAAUGAUUCUGUAGAUACAGACAAAGGACAAAAUAAGUCACUAAAUGAUACUGAUGACAUGGACAGUCCAAAUGAAAGCCAAACUGCACCAGAGACUGAAAAUGAGGCGGAAAAGCCAAGUACUGAAGAAAAUGCAGGAGUGUCAAGUCCCAUUGAGGAUAAAGUGACUCCUCGUUCUUUGAAUAUACUUACAGAGGCUGAAUUACAACGUUUAAACCUUUAUGCGGAAUAUGCUGCCAAAGAAUCAGAAAAACUAAAUGAAAAAACUCCAGAACUCCCCAUAAUGGAUUACAACUUAAGUAUUCUACCUGUAAAAUUAAAUAACGAUGUGUACGCAGGAAUAAAGGCCACAAUUUUACCCGCUGGUAAGUUUAAAACCGAGUAUGAUCGGGCCGUUUUCGAAGGAGAACUAGCUUCUAAGAUGUUAGAAGAAAAGAAAAAUAUAGAGAGGUCCGGUUUAGUGAAGGAAAACGACUAUAUUGUACAAGAUUUGAAGCUGAGCGAGGAUGAUAUUAUUGAGAAGAUUAAUGAGAAAGAUAUUAACAAAAACAAACUACGAUUGAAGAAAUUAAAGGACGAACGUAGAUUAGUCGAAAUAGAAGAUGCUGUGAAAAAUUGCCUGGGCAUGGAUAAUGUCAAUGUACGUAAAGCUCUCGACUUCUUGGACGAAAUGCAAACGCUGGACAUCGAUUACAUUUCAUUGUUGAAACAUUACUCCGUAACGGAAAUGAUUAAACGCUUGCGCACCUACGUUGGCAAUUACAAGGUUUGGAAUCUGUCGGAGGAGUCGCUAAAUGCUUUCCGGGCAGAUGCUCAGAAAGUCAGGGAGAGAGCCGACAAGAUAUAUAAAUGGUUCCAAACCAUGUUUCCGGAGACAAACUAUGAGAAGUUCUGGGAUUACUUCACUGACACACUUAACAAGUUUUCUAAGGAUUGUGUCGAUAUGGAUUUCACCGAAGCCGAAUUCAUCACGAUUACGUCUCAUCCAAAGUCACGUGACACUUUUUUGACUCGACUGGAAGAGAAGGAUAUGAAUGCCGCAUUAACUGAAGAAAAUCCAAAAGAAACUGAAAAGGAAAAUUCUAGCGAUGUUGCGAAUGAAAAGUAAUCCAAGGGAUGAAGAUAAUGUGUUCACCUUUUCAUAUUAGAUUUGUUCUUAAUUUUUAUAUGUUACUGUGAUUACAGUGUAUGACUACCAAGUUAGUAGUCUCAUUGUAAAAUCGCAUCUUGUUUUGUUAAAUUUUUGGCGUUGACGCUACGAAGACAAUUUAUACAAUUUUAUAAAGCUAUCUACUUUUUUAUACAUGUAACUGUAGUACUUUUGCCAUUUGCUAAAUCAACGAAGUUAUUACACGCUGUGCAGACAAAUACAUGCUACAUAUUUUUUGGUACUCACAAUCGUUCCCUGUUUUAUAAUUGUUUAAAUAUGUUUUACUAUUUAAUAGUACAUUGUAUUUAGACCAUUUAAUGAAAUAAAAAGUUUAAUUUUUAA